AUAGCAGCGCCACCUAUAAAAAUGUUUGCAUCUUGAGUAACAAGGUCAACAACACUAAAAUCAGAAAGUGGCCAAGUUUUCCAAAAUACUGAUUUUCUCAUCGAAAUAGUGAUGUGAUUGUGAUUGGUGGUGGUUUUUUCAACUAUUAUUGUGAGUUUUAGUAGACGAGUUUGUCAGAGACGCGAAAAAAGUCACUCAAUGGCCUGCAGACAACUUUCUAUCUGAGCUACCGGUGCAAAUUGCACAUUUUGUAAGGUUUUUUUUUUCGUACGUCAAUGAUGUGGUUACCAACUUGAAAGAAAAAAAUGUGAAAAAAAUCACAAUGUCGGGCGCCGAUUGUUUCAAUGACAUACCGACUGAGAUUUUUGCGGCGAAUUUAACAGAAACAAACGGAGAUAUUUACGAACAUUUACCAAACAAUAAUGUUUGUCCUGUGAAAAAUUUUGUAACCGACGUACAACAACAAAAUCAAGGCGCCACUAGCACGGGUAAAAAACAAAAACGUGGUGGUAGCCAUGAGGAAAGUACUGAUUGUAACAAUGGUAGUAGCAUAAAAAAAGUGUCGAAAAGUCGCAGCAAAAGCGGAAUGGGCCGAGGUAGACCUCGGAAAGCGCUCGUCGCAAUGUAUCACAGUCAGAUAAGCGGCGAUAAAAACACAAUAAAAAUACGAAUAAAAAAAAGUAAUUUUACCGCACAAGUGCAACUAAGCAGUGCACCGAAUAAAAAGAAAAGCGGAAGACGGAAAAAACAAAAAGUUACUUCGGAUACGGACGUAUCCGAUUAUGAAUAUACAGCAAAGAAAAGUAAGAAUGAGAGUGACGUAACGAGCACUCAGGAUCAGGAGCCUCAAGAGCAAAGCGUUUGGGGUGAACACGUACCGGAAAAUGUGUUGUAUAAAAUUUUUCAAAACGUUUGCUUUCAAGACGGAUGUUUGCCGAAUCUAGUGAGAUUAUGUCGAGUGUGUAAACUGUGGCGAAACGUGGCUUUGACACCUUCGUUGUGGAACAAAGUCGAUUUGAAUUAUGUAAAAGAACCAUUCAGGACUGAUUUGCAAUUACAUUGGUUAAUUUAUAAUCGAUUGUCUUGUUGCCAAGAUUUAAAUUUGGGUGAAUGGAAGGUUCGUGAUAUACAAAUUGCAAUCGAAGCUCUCUGUACGAAUUGUCCUGAACUUCAGGGCAUCAAUUUGAGUGGUUGGAAAGGCCUUAACGCCGAUAAUUUGAAAUAUUUAACAACGGAAUGUAAAAAACUGGAACGAUUAGACUUGUCGUCAAUUAACUCUACAUCGGCAAUUAAUUCUCAACCUUUGGUAGCAAUGGGGCAAACGAUGAGCAGUCGUUUGACACAUUUGGUACUCGCUCAUAAUAAAAUGGCGGGUUUUACUCAAAUAAUGGCGUCAAUUGCUGCAAAUUGUCCAAAUCUCCAGCUUUUAGAUAUAUCCAACAUUCGAACCUUUGCUCACAACAGCGCACUUUUACAUGUUGAAAAAUUACAAAUUGGUUGUCCGAAAUUGCGAGUUUUGCGUAUUACGAAUAGUCAAAUUUGGUUGGCACCAGCUAGUUUGACUGAUCAGGUUGCCUCUCCUGGAUUUCCGCUUUUGGAGGAGUUGUCUUUGGCCGGUUUGGAAGAAGACCAAACGACCACUUCUCGAUCUGUUGACGAUGACGGAAUUGAAAGGAUACUAAAAAAUAGUACAAAACUUCGUUUGUUAGAUGUUAGAGGGUGUAUUCGUUUAACUGACUCUGGUUUAGUUAAAGUGCCCGCAUGGGAUCUCGAACAUUUAUUUUUGAGUGCCUGUUAUAUAACUCGGACACAAAACUCUGGUCUCGAGUUGAUUGUCCAGAAAUGGAGUCACAGUUUACUAGAAGUUGAUCUAGCAUGGAGCACUGCGACGGAAUCUUUGGAUGCAGCUGUGAUGGCUUUGGCUGAGAAAGGAUCUGAAUCAAAGUUGAGAAUUGUGAAUUUAUGUGGCUCUUCAGUGAGUUUAGAGCCGGUGAAAGCCGUACUAAAUUGCCCUAAUUUGCAUUCCAUUAAUUUGCAAUCGUGCCGGGCUUUACCUCGAGGGAUUAAAAGGUUAUAUACAGGAGAUGCCGUUCAAGAGUUGAAACAAAGUUUGCAAAAUAGGCCAAAGAAUGAUGUAAGCGAAUCUGAAACAGAACAGUCACCAGCUCAUCCAAUUGCAACAGCUGUUGAAUAGGAUGCUUUUUUUUCUUUUAUUAUUAUGUCGAAUGUGAUCGAAAUUAUUUAAAUACACGUGUGCCGAGUUUGAUCAAGCAUUUAACGGGACCAAAAAGAAAAAAAUUUCCUUGUAUCUCGGAUGAUGAGAUUGAACUUUGAGCCACUUGUAUGCAAAGCAAUAUUUUAAUUAUUUUGAUCACAUUUCGGAUAUAAUUUUAUAAAUAUUUAUUAUAUAAUAUACAUUGUAUAAAAAAUGUACGAUAAUUGUCUGAAUACUAUUUUAAAAGUUUUGAAUAAUUUAGAUAAAUACUUUACUAAUUUAAUACAGGUUAUCGAGUGUACAAAGUAUUUUAUUAAAAAUUUUCCUUGUUAGGUCUAAAUUAUUGUCUAUGUAAAGGAUUUAAGAAAAGAAAUAUUAGAGGAGAAAGCGGCUGUAUUUAUUUGUUGAUCCUCUCUAAACCAACUACAAGCUACAAGUGAGCAGGUGAGUAUCGUUGUGACUUUAUUAUUAUAUUAGUAAAGUAUUUGCAAAACAUGUCUUACCUGUCUAUACGUAUGUAAAAAUUUUUCAAUUGAACACCAAUCAAAAGUAAAAAAAACAACCACACCUGACCUUAAUGCACCAUUUUUUGGGUUUUUAAUCAAAUGUAUUUUAUUAAUAGAUUGUGUACCUAUAAUGUGUAAUUGUCUAUUAGAGCGAAAAUGUAAUUCUAAUUAUGUUUACUUGUUUUGUAAUAAAUAAAAAAAGUUUCGUUA